AUGAAGAUGCUCUUGUUGUGUUAUUGCUGUCUGCUCGCAUCCAUUACUAUUGGCUCUGUUGUGGGCUCUCUCUCUGUAACGGAACUUACUAGUGGAACCAGUGCUUUUGUCCGAGUCAAAACAGAACCCAGUUUCAACUUUUACCAGCUCAAUACGGACACGGCAUCUGGCAGCAAGACCACAUGUACCAUUUCCAGCAUUCAAGUCGUCAAUUUGAUUUUGGCCAUUCGGUAUGGAGAUCUUCCAGAUGCAUUUGGCACGGCCGACUGCGUGUCCGAUACCAGUGGCAGCGCGGUGGGAAGCAAUUCCGAGACAUGCGAAGCCACAGCCGCCUCCGAUUCUCGAGCGUACGUACAGGUGGUGGCAGAUGAUGCCUCCACGUCCAAUGCCGAGAACGCCCUGGAUAUUCUGUGUACGACCACGGCGCCCACCAGUACGUCGGAACCAGAUACAGGAGGCGGAGCCUGUUUUUCCGGUGACAUGACGGUCCGUGUCCGCGAUAGAGAAUGGCCGGUGAAAAUGAAAGACUUGCAAGUGGGAGAUUGGGUGCUGCAAACGCAGCAAACCACACAUGAGAAUGAUGAGUACGAGUAUGAGUAUCAACCCAUCUAUGCCAUGGCACACGUAGAGGAGGAUGCAGUGAUGGAAUAUCUGGAGAUUGAAACGGAGCAUGCCCCAAAACCUUUGGUCGUUUCCAGGGACCAUUUGGUGUUUUUGGAAGGAACCAAACAUCCAGUGGCGGCCCAAAAUCUUGCCGUUGGAGACUCGCUCUUUCUAAUGGACACGACAACAAUCCACAACAAUGCCACCACCACCACCACCACCACACGAAUUACCAACAUUGGAACGACCUACCGACGGGGCAAGUAUGCUCCUCUCACACCCGAUGGGACCAUUGUGGUCAAUGGCAUUGUGGCAUCGACCUACGUAGCCAUCUUGGGAAAGGACAUGAUGGAGCUACAACAACACUAUCGCAUCAUGUCCUGGCAUACAUUUAUUCAUGUCUUGUACAUGGCUCCCAUUCGAAUGGCAUGUGUCCAUCAUGGAAGAGUCUGCCCCGAUUACCUGUUUGCCAGGGAUCCCGCAACCGGCUAUGCCAAGUUUGUGGCUGCCGGAUUCCAAAUGGCAGAAUGGGUCCAUCGACAAAACAUGCCGGUACAACUCUUCUUGUUGAUAUUGACCAUGGUGGUGCUAGGACCAUUGGCCCUGUUGGAACAAAUGGGCCUCUUCCGCAUUCUUUCCUGCAUCUCUGCUGCAACGAUCAUGCGAGGAACAAGACGGUUGAAAAAGAAUCGAGGGACAAAGCAAACGACGAAGUAG